AUGGAAAGCUGGGAAGAGUCACAAGAAUCCAUCAAAGCUGAAAUGAGUCAGUUGAAAGACCAGGUUGGCCAAAUCUUGGUUGCCCUUGAAUCCCUGAAGGCUACUGGAGAGUCUUCAUCUACACUGGUUGGCGGGAAUGCCCAUUUUUAUCCCCCGUUUUUCAAUGCUACGAGCCAAUCGAUUCCUUUCCCGUUGUAUGGGUUACCCUCGGGAUAUACUCCUCCCAUAGGAGAAUAUUUGGAAGGGGGGCAUGUGUCGUUUCCCAUUCCCACAACUAUUGAUAUCCCGCCAGUCACCACUCAUGGACCUACCUAUGUGUCAGCUCCCUUGGUAAGUACUCAAACGAAUGAAGCAAUCACAGUUGAAGGAACACGAGUGACUACAAUACCGCAUAUGAUUGUUAACCACGAUUCUUCAGCAAGAGCCGCAUCACAAACCGCGGCGCGUGCAGGAACCGACAUCAGUAACGGUGCUAAAAACAGACUGGAGAUUCUGGAGGAAAAAAUGAGGGCUAUUGAAGGGAUGAAAAAUUAUGGGUUCGGAAAUGUUGCAAGACUAAGCUUGGUUCCUGGAGUAAAAAUACCGUAUAAGUUCAAGGCGCCAAAAUUCGAGAAGUACAGGGGUGAUACAUGCCCUAAAAUCCAUCUGGCCAUGUAUUGCAGAAAAAUGGCUGCGUACGCAUAUGACGACCAGUUACUCAUCCAUGUUUUCCAAGACAGUCUCGUUGGGGUAGCAUUAAACUGGUAUACCCACUUAGAGCCCUCUCGAAUCCAUUGUUGGGCAGAUCUAGCCGACGCCUUUGUAAAACGGUAUAUAUACAACACACAUGUAGCACCGGACCGUCUGCAAUUACAGAAUAUGGGAAAGAAAGACGAUGAAACCUUCAAGGAAUAUGCCCAACGUUGGAGAGAAUUGGCCACACAAGUGGAGCCGCCUUUGUUUGAAAAAGAAAUGGUGGCGAUGUUCGUAAAUACGCUUCAGCCACCAUUUUAUGAAUAUAUGGUGGGGAAUGUGUCCGCCAAUUUCGCUGACGUCGUCAUAAUUGGCGAGAGGAUAGAGAUUGGGGUGAAGAGCGGGAAGAUUGCAGGCGGUCCAUCUACGAUAGAGAACUCUAAAAAGAAGCCUUCUUUCAAUCCAGGAAAGAAAAAAGAGGGAGAUGUGCAUGCAACAUUGGCAAUGCCUGUAUGGAGAGGUCAGGCUCCUAUUCACAAUUAUAAACCAUACCUGGGUCAACCUCCAUAUUCAGCCAAUGCGGCUUUUGCUCAUCCAAUCAGGCCUCAACAACAACAAGGAUUCUACCAAUCACAACCCGUCACAAGCAAUGCUUGGAGGAUUGGGCCAAGUGCAAAUCCAAAUCCGAAUGUAGGUCAAGGCGGUUAUCCGGGAAGAACCCAGGAAAGAAACUUUGUCCACUUCACCCCCAUCCCCAUGACUUACACUGAAUUAUUACCUCACCUCGUCAAAAGGGGUCUGGUUGCUAUAUGUCCAGUGAUACCCCUGCAGCCUCCAUACCCUAGGGGUUAUGAUGCAGAUGCCAAGUGUAGUUAUCAUGGGGAAGGUGUGGGUCACUCAACUGAGAGGUGUAUGGCCUUCAAGCGUAAAGUGCAGGCCCUAAUUGACGCUGGGUGGCUAAAAUUUCAAGAAGAUAAACCUAGCAUUGAUACUAAUCCGUUAUCCGGACAUGGUAAUUCCUCGACAAAUGCCAUUGAAGUUAAGAAGCAUGAACUGAUAAGGGAUGCAAGUAAGAUCCGAAGUUCCAGAAGGUUUAUUUUCAAGGAAUUAUUAAAGUUGGGAUUUUUAAACGGGGAUUAUGAUUUGGAAAGAGCAUGUGGACUCCAUCCAUGCACGGAACACUCUAUCGAGGAAUGCGUUGAAUUCGAAAAGUUUCUACAAGAUCUGCUUGAUAGGAAUUUGAUGCAAGUGUGCUAUGAAGACAAGGAUGAGGAGGUGUUUGCACAAACUAGUAUGGAGCUAGAUGUAACUUUGCCAGAGCCGUUGAUAAUCCGUUUCACUCGAACCACCCCUACACCAGUAAUUCAAGGAAGAUCGCCCGUUGUCAUCCAUACACCAGUUCCUUUUCCUUACAAAAGCGAGAAAGCUGUCCCUUGGAGGUAUGGGACACAUGUAGUCGACGAAGGACAGUGCAUUGAAAGCCAUUUCUCUAGCGAGGAUCCAGUUGUUAAAAAUAUAUCAAGCAUCGGCGGAAUGACGAGGAGUGGUCGAAUCUUCACGCCACCAAACUUGACGGGAAGAGGAGCUAGCAAUAAUGAAACACCAAUGGACGCAAAUACUAAGGAGCAUUUAAAGGGGAAAGGGGUGCAAGUAGAGGAGACCUCUGACAAGGCAGACAAGAAAGAAAUCUCUGAGGAAGAGGCCUGCGAAUUUUUAAAAUUCAUUCAACAGAGUGAAUAUAAGGUGGUGGAGCAGUUGAAUCGCAUGCCUGCUCGGGUUUCCUUGUUAGAAUUGCUUAUGCAUUCUACCUCUCACAGAAAGUUGUUGAUGAAGGUACUCAGUGAGGCUCAUGUCGAGCAUGGUAUUUCGUUGAACAAGUUUGAGGGCAUCGUUGGCAACAUCAUCUCUAAUAAUUACCUCACCUUUACUGAUGAGGAGAUACCCACUGAGGGGAGAGGUCAUAACAAGGCUCUUCAUGUCUCCGUGAAAUGUUUAGAUCACGUUAUAGCGCGUGUCUUGGUGGACAAUGGUUCCUCUCUGAAUGUCAUGCCAAAAUCAACAUUGGAGAAGCUACCCUGUGAUGGAAUGCAUAUGAAGCCAAGCUCUAUGAUUGUGAGGGCAUUUGACGGCAGUAAAAGGGUAGUGAUGGGAGAAAUUGAAUUGCCUGUCCAAAUUGGUCCAUGUGUCUUUCAAAUUACUUUCCAGGUCAUGGAUAUCCUCCCAGCUUAUAGCUGUCUGUUAGGCCGCCCAUGGAUCCAUUCAGCGGGAGUUGUGCCCUCCACAUUGCACCAAAAACUGAAAUAUAUCAUGGGAGAUAAGUUGAUCAUAGUUUCUGGAGAGGAGGAUCUCCUUGUGAAUGGCCCAUCCUCCACCCGUUACAUAGAGGCAGCCGAGGAAGCUCUGGAAACAGCUUUUCAAUCAUUAGAAAUCGUAGGAAACACCUAUGUUGAGCCAUUUCCUAAGAACCCACAUUUAUCAUGCACCUCUAUCAUGAUGGCCAAGGUCAUGCUGAAAGAAGGUUAUAAGUACGGGAAUGGUUUAGGCAAGUAUGGACAAGGACGUACAUUCCCAUUGGAGGUGAUUGGGAACAAAAACAGAUAUGGCCUGGGGUAUAGACCCAGCAAGGAAGAUAACAAGAGGGUGAUUGAGGAAAGGAAGGAACGCAGUCUGGCUCGAAUGGGGAAACGGGAACCAAGGGCAAAGAAAAUCCACAUUUGUGGUAUCAAAGAGAGUUUUCGCAGUGUUGGAUGGGUGAACACUAGUCAUAUAGCGGUGGUGGAAGAGGAAGCAAGAUCUGAAAGCUCAAACUUCGUGUGGGUUUGCUCCCCAGGUGCACGGCUCAACAAUUGGAAGACUCUGGAUUUACCCGUGAUGUUUAAAUCAAUUGAAAUAUAUGACAAUGAAUGUUUUGAAAAUAAUAAUGUCAAUAUCCCUAAGUGGGCGCACCCUGUCAUUAAUGCGGAAGAUGAUCCGGAAGAUGAUUCGGAAGAUGAUCUGGAAACCUCUCCAGAGUUAUUGAGAUUAGUGGAACGAGAGUCUAAAGAGAUAAAACCCCAUCAGGAAGAAAUUGAAAUACUCAACUUGGGAGGGGAAGAUGAGAUGAAAGAAGUAAGGAUCGACACUACUAUGAAAGAGGAAGUGAAGGUAAAGCUGCAAGCCCUACUGAAGGAGUUUAAGGAUGUGUUCGCUUGGUCUUACAAUGACAUGCCAGGGUUGGAUACCGAUAUUGUGCAACACAAGCUCCCACUUAAGCAGGAAUGUCUUCCGGUCAAACAGAAGUUAAGAAGAAUGAAACCCGAGAUGUCAUUGAAAAUUAAGGAAGAGGUACAGAAGCAAUUCGACGCGGGAUUUCUGACUGUGGCGAAAUACCCACAAUGGGUGGCAAAUAUUGUACCAGUGCCUAAGAAAGAUGGGAAAGUUCGAAUGUGCGUCGACUAUCGUGAUUUGAAUCGUUCAAGUCCGAAGGAUAACUUCCCGUUACCACACAUCGACACUUUAGUUGACAAUACAGCCAAGUACUCGCUAUUUUCGUUCAUGGAUGGUUUUUCGGGGUAUAAUCAGAUUAAGAUGGCGCCUGAGGACAUGGAAAAGACGACCUUCAUCACGUUGUGGGGGACCUUUUGUUAUAAGGUGAUGUCUUUCGGGCUCAAGAAUGCCGGGGCAACAUAUCAAAGGGCGAUGGUGACACUUUUUCAUGAUAUGAUGCACAGGGAGAUCGAGGUUUAUGUGGAUGACAUGAUUGCAAAGUCUGAAUCGGAAGAAGAACACGUCCUCAACUUGAAGAAAUUAUUUGAGAGAUUGAGAAAGUAUAAACUCAGGUUAAACCCUGCCAAAUGCACAUUUGGAGUGAAAUCCGGGAAGUUGUUGGGCUUCGUGGUUAGCCAAAAAGGGAUAGAAGUGGAUCCUGACAAAGUGCGAGCGAUAUCAGAAAUGCCUACGCCUAGCACGGAGAAGGAGGUUCGCGGUUUUCUAGGUAGAUUGAACUACAUUGCUAGAUUCAUCUCCCAAUUAACCGCUACCUGCGAACCAAUGUUCAAGUUGCUACGAAAGAAUCAGGUUAUGGUUUGGAACGAGGAUUGUCAAGCCGCUUUUGAAAAAAUCAAACAAUACCUGCAAGACCCACCUGUAUUGCGUCCACCCGAGCCAGGAAGACCACUCAUUUUGUACUUAACUGUAUUGGAAAGGUCAAUGGGUUGUGUAUUGGGUCAACAUGAUGAAGCUGGAAAAAGAGAGCAUGCAAUAUAUUACUUGAGCAAGAAAUUCACAGACUGCGAACAACGAUAUUCAUCGUUAGAGCGAACUUGUUGUGCAUUGGCAUGGGCCGCUCAUCGCCUAAGGCAACACAUGUUGAGUCACUCUACAUUGUUGAUAUCCAAGAUGGAUCCUAUCAAGUUUAUUUUUGAAAAGCCCGCUCUCACUGGAAGGAUAGCUCGGUGGCAGGUGCUAUUGUCAGAAUAUGACAUCGUAUAUGUUACUCGAAAAUCCGUCAAGGGUAGUGCUCUAGCAGAAUACUUAGCUCAUCAACCCAUCAACGAUUAUCAGCCAAUGCAACCUGAAUUUCCCGAUGAAAGUAUCAUGGCUCUAUUCGAAGAAGGCAGGAAAGACCGAGACGAAGAAACAUGGAUAUUACUAUUUGAUGGAGCAUCGAAUAUGAUGGGGCAUGGCAUAGGGGCAGUACUUAUCUCUCCAGGGCAGCAGUACAUGCCCAUGACAUCAAGGCUGUGUUUUAAUUGCACGAAUAACAUUGCAGAAUAUGAGGCCUGCGCUAUGGGUAUUCGGGCGGCAAUAGAGUUCAAAGUGAAAAUUCUGGAAGUAUAUGGAGAUUCAGCUUUAGUCAUCAACCAGUUGAAGGGAGAGUGGGAAACAAGAGACGCAAAAUUAAUCCCUUACCAGGCAUACAUCAAAGGAUUAAUGGAGUGUUUCGACAUCAUCACAUUUAACCACAUACCACGGGAAGAUAACCAAUUAGCAGACGCGUUGGCUACUUUGUCAUCCAUGUUUGAGGUUGACCCAAAUACAGAAUUACCAGUGAUUGAAAUGAAGAGCCAUGCGGAGCCAGCAUAUUGCCAGUUCAUCAAGGAGGAGGUGGAUGGUAAACCCUGGUACUUUGAUAUCAAGCACUAUCUUAAGACCCGAGAAUAUCCUGAAAAAGCAUCUGAAAAUGAUAAAAGGUCGUUACGAAGGUUGGCUGGUAGCUUUAUUUUAAGUGGGGACAUUUUAUACAAGAGAAAUCAUGACAUGAUUCUCCUCAGAUGUGUAGAUACAAAAGAAGCCGAAUUGAUAUUGAAAGAAGUGCACGAAGGUACAUUCGGCACACACAUGAAUGGGCAUUCGAUGGCUAGGAAGAUCUUGAGAGCUGGUUACUUCUGGUUAACUAUGGAAAAUGAUUGUUGUACACACGUGAGGAGGUGCGAGAAAUGUCAGAUGCAUGCUGACAAUAUCAAUAUGUCGCCCAUGACUUUGAACGUAUUAUCUGCACCAUGGCCAUUUUCAAUGUGGGGGAUAGAUGUUAUUGGAGCUAUAGAGCCAAAAGCGUCAAAUGGACACCGCUUCAUACUAGUCGCAAUCGAUUAUUUCACCAAGUGGGUUGAAGCUGUUUCUUAUGCCAACGUGACUAGAAAGGUGGUGACCAGAUUCAUAAAAAAGGAAUUGAUCUGCAGAUAUGGGUUGCCUAACAAGAUCAUCACUGAUAAUGCCACCAACCUAAAUAACCGGAUGAUGGCGGAAUUAUGUGAGGAGUUCAAAAUUCAUCAUCUUAAUUCUUCUCCUUACCGUCCAAAAAUGAAUGGGGCAGUAGAAGCUGCUAAUAAGAAUAUCAAGAAGAUCGUGCAAAAGAUGGUGGUCACCUAUAAGGAUUGGCAUGAAAUGCUUCCCUUUGCUUUACAUGGAUAUCGUACGUCAGUACGAACGUCAACUGGUGCAACACCUUUCUCACUGGUGUAUGGAAUGGAAGUAGUGCUUCCAUUUGAGGUGGAAAUCCCAUCUCUACGGAUUUUAUUGGAAACCCAAUUGGAGGAAGCUGAGUGGGUUCAGGCUCGGUUUGACCAGCUCAAUCUCAUCGAAGAGAAGAGACUGACAGCGGCGUGCCACGGGCAAUUGUAUCAAAGAAGAAUGAAAAAGGCGUUCGACAAAAAACUACACCCAAGGGAAUUUCAUGAAGGCGAACUGGUGUUAAAGAAGAUAUUGCCCAUACAAAGGGAUUUCAGAGGCAAAUGGACCCCAAAUUAUGAAGGGCCGUUUGUAGUAAAGAAGGCAUUCUCUGGAGGGGCACUAAUCCUCACAAGGAUGGACGGAGAGGAGUUACCUUUGCCAGUUAAUUCGGAUGCAGUAAAAAAGUUUUACGCGUGA